CAACCUGUGGGUCUGGACCCUUUCACAGGGUCGUAUACUAGCUAUCCUGUAUACCACAUACUUACAGUUCGUAACAGUAGCAGAGUUACGGUUAUAGCAAUGAAAUGUUUGGGGGUCACCACGACAUAAACGAACUAUAUUAAAGGGUCCCAGCAUCAUGAAGGUUGAGAACCACUGGUCUGAAGUCUGUGGGUGUCAUACCAGGGGCCAUAACGUCUGCCAGGGCCCUUUUGCCGCUGACCCCAGACUUCCCCUGGGGGCAGGGUGAGCAGUCCUUUUCUCUCCCAGCCGGGCAGCUGAGGGCAACACAGGGCGAGGUCACUCAGUUUGGGUGAGUUAGCGUUUUCCCUUUCCUGUUCCCGUUUCUCUGCUGAGGUCUCAGCCCCUUUGGUCAGGGUUUUCUCAGCGCUCUGGCUGUAUCCCGGGUUCUGCAUCUCCCUGAGUUCCUCCUCUGACAGCAUGGCAUGUUAUCUGGGGUGGACGCUGCUGUGGAUGGGAUGCAAGGGGUAUUUGGCAAUAAGCAGACUCCCUCCUCUUAUUUUUUGUCUAAGAAGUUUUGUCCUUGCCUGAUCAGAGUUAAUGUGAGCACGCUUUGCCCAGCGUGUGGGAGGCACAUUUAGACAGCAGUGUUUGCGCGCACACACCCCCACACCCCGAUUGUGUCUCCUGCCGCCCUCUCCUUGCCUGUCUCUGUCCACCUCUGUUUUCCCUGGCCCUCAGUUCCUUCCCAGCUCUGGGUUUCCAAUACUUUCCCUUACCUAUGCUUCUUUCUGGGGCUGUCUUGUCACAUGGUGGUUUCCUGGGAUGUUAAUCUCAUUCUUCCUCCAGGAAGGCUAUCAGUUUGUAAAUCAAUGAGCCUCCCGAGCCUGGGAAUGGUCUCCACCUGUGUUGAUCAUUUUCUGGGGUUUGUUUGACACAAGGUGUCCCACGACUGGCUCUAAGCAGCAGAGGCAGCUCCUGCGCUUCCUGACGCUUCUGCCUCAGCCUCCCUGGUUUUUAAGAUUACAGGACACCAUCACACUCACCUCUUUCUAUCUCUGCUUUGCUCUGAUACCAACGUUGGAGAGUUGGUUGAAGGACUCCUCCACACCCCUUUUUAUUGACUCUGUUGGGAAGGGCUUGUUUUGACCUCAGCAAAGAUGGCGGGCUAAGCUUUGCAUUCGACCACGUCCUUUCAUCUGCUGCCAACGUGCCCUCACUUAUAAUGGGAGCUGCCUAGCUCGGUUGAAGCCCCGCCCGAUUUCCGUCGACAGCCGCCCUGCCCCGGCGCGUAGUUAUGAAGGCGGAUGCCUCCGGCCCCCCUGCCCUCUCAUUGGUGCGGCUCGGACUCGGGGCGGCCAUUGGCUGGACGGACGCACACCCUUCCCCCACCCCUAGAUGGGGGCGGUAGUGCAGACUCUGGAGGGGCUGCCGGACGACGCAGCGUGCACGCAGGUUACAGGGUUUGGGGUGACCCCAGAGGGGCGGACACUCGGGCCUGGUGCGGAGUGCUGGGUGAAAUCUGGAAACGGCAAAAGAGACUCAGACCUGGUCCUGCGUUGCGGCCCUGGAGUGGCUGUACGGGCUAGGGAGACCGGGGACAAACGGUGGUGGGCCGGGAGCCUGUGGGUGGAGCCAAGAUCUGGGGUCCUGGGAGACCGAGACCCGGCCUAGAAUGGAGCAUUCAUAAGGCUCUGUGCUGGUGUCUGAUUUGAGGGCCUCAUACCGGUCCCUACAGGUUUUAAGGGUGGGGCAGAUACAUGGGCGUUAAAGGAGCGGCCCAGAGCAGCGGGCAGAGGUAGAUCCGGAGGGACAAUAUUCAUGGGGGCGUGUCCCAGGCUGCUGUGAGCCUGAGAAGGGUGACAAACUAGUCAGGCAACUGGGUUGAACUGCCCAAAGGUGAGCAGUUAGUUAGGAGGUUGGAACCUUCUGCCGAGCCGGACAGAGAAGGGGCUCAGUCCUGGCUCACCCUCGUCCUGGAGAGAACUCGGCCAGACACCCAGAGGCUGGUCCAGGAGCUGACCACAAGCCAAGAGCCUAGGAGUGCUUGGGACUGAACCAGGGUCAUGGCCCCACCACCACUGCUGCCAGUGGCCGCCAGCACCCCAAUCCUGCACGGCGAGUUUGGUUCCUACCCGGCCCAUGGCCCACGGUUUGCCCUCACCCUCACAACACAAGCCCUACACAUACAGCGACUGCGCCCAAAGCCAGAAGCCCGGCCCCGAGAUGGUCUGGUCUCUCUGGACGAGGUCUCGGGCUGUGGCACGCUGCAGAGCCGUAGCCCCGAAGACACUGGAGCCUACUUCUGCAUCUACACCUACCCACGAGGUCGGCGAGGGAGCCGGCGCAGAGCUACUCGAACCUUCCGGGCCGAUGGGGCUGCCACUUAUGAGGAGAAUCGUGCAGAGGCCCAGCGCUGGGCCACUGCCCUCAUGUGCCUCCUCCGAGGAGUGCCUCUGUCAGGGGACCAGGAAAUCACCCCUGAAUUGCUGCCCCGGAAGCCCAGGCUGCUCAUAUUGGUCAAUCCUUUUGGGGGGCGGGGCCUGGCCUGGCAGCGCUGCAUGGACCACGUGGUGCCCAUGAUCUCCGAAGCUGGGCUGUCCUUCAACCUCAUACAGACAGAACGACAGAAUCAUGCCCGUGAGCUGGUGCAGGGCUUGAGCCUGAGUGAGUGGGAAGGCAUUGUCACUGUGUCUGGAGACGGGCUGCUUUAUGAGGUGCUGAAUGGGCUCCUUGAUCGGCCAGAUUGGGAAGACGCCGUGCGGAUGCCCAUUGGUGUCCUCCCCUGUGGUUCGGGCAAUGCACUAGCUGGGGCGGUGAACCAUCAUGGCGGGUUUGAGCAGGCUGUCGGGGUUGACCUGUUGCUCAACUGCUCGCUGCUUCUCUGCCGGGGUGGCAGCCAUCCUCUGGACCUGCUCUCUGUGACGCUAGCCUCAGGAUCCCGCUGUUAUUCCUUUCUGUCGGUGGCCUGGGGAUUCUUGUCAGAUGUGGACAUUCACAGUGAGCGCUUCAGGGCCCUUGGCAGCGCUCGAUUCACACUGGGUGCAGUGCUAGGCCUGGCCUCGUUGCAUACCUACCGUGGACGCCUCUCCUACCUCCCCGCUACCACAGAACCAGCCUUGCCAAUCCCAGGCCACAGUCUGCCUCGAGCCAAGUCAGAACUAGCCUUGGCUCCGGCCCCAGCCCCAACCGCCACCCACUCGCCUCUACAUCGAUCUGUGUCUGACCUGCCCCUGCCCCUGCCCCUGCCCCAGCCCGCCUUGGUCUCCCCUGGUUCCCCUGAGCCCCUGCCUGACCUUUCCCUCAAUGGUGGUGGUCCAGAGCUGACUGGAGACUGGGGAGGAGCUGGGGAUGCACCUCUGUCCCCAGACCUACUGCUGCCUUCAUCCCCCAACGCUCUCAAAACAGCUCAGCUUUCACCCAUCGCUGAAGGGCCCCCAGAAAUGCCAGCAUCCUCGGGAUUCCUGCCUCCCACCCACAAUGCUCCAGAAGCCUCUACCUGGGGCCCGGUGGACCACCUGCUCCCUCCCCUUGGCUCUCCCCUGCCCCAAGACUGGGUGACAAUAGAGGGGGAGUUUGUACUCAUGUUGGCCAUCUUGCCAAGCCACCUCUGCGCAGACCUGAUGGCAGCCCCACAUGCGCGCUUUGAUGAUGGUGUGGUGCACCUGUGUUGGGUGCGGAGCGGCAUCUCACGGGCUGCACUUCUCCGCAUUUUGCUGGCCAUGGAGCAUGGCAACCACUUCAGCCUAGGCUGCCCACAUCUGGGCUAUGCUGCAGCCCGUGCCUUCCGCCUUGAACCACUCACGCCUCGUGGCCUGCUCACUGUAGAUGGGGAGUUAGUGGAGUACGGGCCAAUACAGGCACAGGUGCACCCAGGUCUCGCCACGCUGCUCACUGGGCCUGCAGGUCAAAAGCCAAAAGCCUGAACGAGCCUAAAAGCAUGUCGAGUUGGUGGAACCAGCGCCCCAUAGGCUAAGAUCUAUCUUUUAUAGGUAGAAGUAGGCCCGCUCUCAGAUCUGCGAGGGUGGAGAGUGGUCCUGACCCUCAGUUCCCAGAGGACCUAGAGGCUUGAGGGUAGGGCCUGCCUUUCUUGAUGUCCAAUGAUGGGGCCUGGAAUGUAUGAGCUAGCAAGGCUUCUUUAGCUUACUGUCCAGCCAGGGUUUCUUCUUGCCUACUCCGGUGCCUCUACUUGACUGGCCAAUCAGCCCUUGAGGGGCAGGUUCCCCCGGGUGGUCCCAGAUUUGCACUAAUGUUCCUCCCCUGGCCAGUUAGGGGUGGGAUGCUCUGUGUCUUGUGUGUCCCUCUCCCUAGUCUAAAAAGCAAUUGAAAAGGUCUAUGCAAUAAAGGCGUGGCUUUCCUCUAGACCUUCACCCCUCCCACCCGACAUCCCUUUCCGUUACUGUGGUCCUAGAAGGCAUAGCAGCAGCAUCCCGCUUGGAUGCAGCCUUGAGUCAGAGCCAGUAGCUGCUUUGUCCGCCACAACAGCUGGCUCCCGGGUUCUCAAGAUUUAUUCAGGAUUGUGUUGAUGGAGGCGGUUGGAUGGAUGGGUUCCCGACAUGCUAAGAGCACACACAGGACCCUCCCCACCCCCGCAAGGGAGGUGGGGGAAGGCUAGCUUUUUCUUAAAAAUAUAAAUGUAUUUGUCUGCA